AUGGAGCGAAAGAAUAAUUCCUCGAUAAUUUGUGAUGACCGAGAAGCUGCAGUAUGUCUGUUAGCCAUUCGCUCCAAGACUGCUGGCUACAAGCAACCAGUAAAUCGUGUUUUCUGGGAUUUCGAAACCGAACAGAAGUUGGCGCAAGCGAAAAAUGAAAUUGACGAACAGGCACAUCAGAAUCGACUGGACGCAAUCCGUAAACGUCUGGAGAUCGAAAAUCAGGACUGCUGGUAUCGUCCGUCUGCGUAUUAUUGGAUGGGUUUGAAGGAUCACUGAGA